AUGGAUAUGGUGGAUGAUAGUGAGGAGUUCCUGUCGGAAGGCCUGCGGAAUGAGGACCUCAGUGCUGGUGCGAGAGACCACAGAGACCACAUUCUUCGGGGCUUUCAGCAAAUCAAAGCUCGGUACUACUGGGAUUUCCAGCCCCAAGGAGGAGACCAAGCUGAUGGUUACCUGGGACAGGACAGCUCUGAUGAUAAUCCCAGUGGAGCUCACGGCCCCUCCCUCAUGUCAGAUGCACCUUUCCUGCCCGAUUAUCAGGAUGAGGGAAUGGAAGACCUCAUGAGAGGGGCUCAAGAACUCGAGAACAUCCUCAAGCAAGGAUACUUAGAGAAGAAAAGCAGAGAUCACAGUUUCUUCGGAUCAGAGUGGCACAAGCGAUGGUGUGUUGUCAGCAGAGGCCUGUUCUACUACUACGCUAAUGAGAAAAGCAAGCAGCCCAAAGGGACCUUUCUCAUUAAGGGCUACAGCGUACGGAUGGCCCCCCAUCUGCGAAGAGAUUCCAAGAAAGAAUCCUGCUUUGAACUGACCUCGCAGGACAGACGCAGCUAUGAGUUCACAGCCUCUAAUCCAGCUGAAGCCAGAGACUGGGUGGAUCAGAUAAGCUUCUUGCUAAAGGAUCUGAGCUCCUUAACCAUUCCAUGUGAAGAGGAGGAAGAGGAGGGGGAGGAGGAAAAGGAAGAAGGAGAAGAGACCUACGAUGAUAUCGAUGGCUUUGAUGCCCCCAAUCCUGGCUCCCAGGGCAGACCCGUCAUCUUGCCUGGCGGUGUGGGGAUCCAAGAGUCUGCGGAGGAGAAAGAAGAAGAAGAUAUUUAUGAGGUCUUACCAGAUGAAGAGCAGGACCUGGAUGAGGACGAGAGUGGCGCCCGACAGAAAGGAGUGGACUACGCCAGUUACUAUCAAGGGCUGUGGGAUUGCCAUGGUGACCAGCCAGAUGAGCUGUCCUUCCAACGCGGUGACCUCAUCCGAAUUCUGAGCAAGGACUAUAACGUGUACGGCUGGUGGAUAGGAGAACUGAACAACCUUGUUGGGAUUGUUCCAAAGGAGUAUCUCACCACUGCCUUUGAACUGGAAGAAAGCUGAAGCCCAGGAAUAUAGUCUUCUCUCUAGUCUGCUUUUAUGAAGAAGUUGAUCAUCAAGAAGCUCUAUGCUCCCCGCCCCCCCAAAAAAGCUCUAAGCCACCCCCACCCCUGCUGCCAUCACCAAUACUGUGGU